AUGACGUCGCAGCUAUUGGCGUCGGAGCUUGCAAAUCUCAUUCAGGAGAGCAAGCGCAAGCAUAACGACCUGCGCCAGGCUGCUGAAAAAUCGCUGGAGGAGCUCAAGAACCUACGCGCGUCAUCCGAGGCCCAGAUUGCGGAUGGACUCUCCCAGCGGCCUGCCUUCGUCAACCCAUUUAUUAUCGCUUGUGGGACUCGCAAUGUCAAGUUCACUGGCAUCGCCAUUGUGUGUCUACAGCGACUCAUUGUGGUUCGUGCCUUGCCACGUGCCCGCCUAAGCCAGGUCCUUGAAGCUCUGCAACAGGCGACGUCGGCAGGUUUAGAUGUGCAACUCAAGAUUCUGCAGGCGCUACCAGCGCUGCUGUCAAACUAUGCAGAUGAUGUCCGUGGCGAGUUGCUGGUAACGGCACUGAAUGUGUGUUUCAUCUUGCAGAGCAGCAAAAAUGCUAUCGUCAAUCACACGUCAGCCGCGACACUGCAGCAGUUGGUGGUAUCUGUGUUUGACAAGGUCGUUGCGGAAGAUAUCGGCGAGGUUCCCCUCAGCGAUGGGCCGAUACCCCUUAGACCAGCCGCCAUGGAUGCUUACCGGAUCUUUAAUGACAUAUGCCUCCUUACUGAAGUCAAACGCCCCGAAUACCUCCGCUUCUCUGGUCUACCUCAAACUUUCGGCCUCGAGCUAAUAGAAUCCGUCCUCACGAACCAUUCUGCCAUUUUCAUCUCACACCGCGAACAAUCUCACAUUCUUCAAUCCCGUGUUAUGCCCUUCUUAAUAGCUGCCUUGCGGUCAAAGGCCAAUUUUGCAACAAGCGUACGACUUGUUCGGGUUCUUUACACCUUGUUGCGGAGACAUCUGCCUAUCCUCCCUGCCGAAAGUGCCGAUGCCCUGGAUAUCUUGACACAGCUGCUUGAUCAGGACACGACUCUGUGGCGGCGAGCUUUGUGUAUGGAGGUCUUCCGCGGGAUCUUUGCCGACCCUCCGCUGCUCAGGAGGAUAUUUAUGCUCUAUGACGCCCAGGAGGGACAGAAGAAUAUCUUAAAGAACUUGGCAGCUACAUUUGUGCGGGUCAGUACCGAGAAGCCGUCUGUUAUUGGACUUGGUCAUCAAAGCACCAUCCCAGUUGCCAACCCCUACUCAGCGUCCGCAACUAAUGAUCAGGUCAUGCUGGAGGCUGGAGUAACGGGAAUUAUUUCGGGCAGUGUUACCUCUGACGCCCAUAACACGGGUAUCAGCACUCACUGGAGCACUAUGAGAGUACCAUGCAUCGACCAGCUCGACAAGACGGAUGCUCCAGGGGUCCCAGAGUCUUAUGUCUAUAGCUUAACUCUCGCAUGCAUUACCUCUCUCUCAGAAGGACUCGCGAAGUUUAUCCUGCCCCUUACCGUCCCUAGCGACGGCCGGCGCAAGCGAACAAAGCAAGAGCCCGGCAGAGAUUCCCCCGCUCCCCAGCCUGAGGAGGGUCUUGAACGGACACAGUCCUUUAAGAAGAACCCAGUUCCCGUCAAUCCCCUGACGCUCGACUCCCAUCCCCUAUUUCCCGAAGUCAAGGUUUGCGCCGCCAUCAUCGAAGAGUGCUGGCCUGCCAUCCUCGCCACUUGCUCGACUUUUCUCUAUGCCGCCCUUGACUCGGAGUACUAUCAUGGCUUGGUUCGGGCUUUUCAGAAGUUUGCACAUGUUGCAGGCCUCCUGCAACUGACUACUCCACGAGACGCAUUUCUGACCACGCUCGGCAAGGCCGCCGUUCCACCAAAUGUCCUGUCAGCAUGUCUAAAUGCGGGACCUCGUCCUGCGGGGACGGCUACGACCCCAACGGAGUCCACUGCAGUGAGCUUAUUGAGCAAUGCUCGCGGAUUGUUAAGUGUUGACAACCUCGUCAGCCCAACAAGUGAAAAGCCUCGUCAACAAUCCAUGGAUGUCUCGGCCGGAUGCCUCAACACCCGCAAUCUGUUGUGCCUACGUGCGCUUCUCAACCUGGGAAUCGCUCUCGGCCCGACUCUUGAGCCCUCAUCAUGGGGUAUCGUCUUGGAAACUCUCCAACAAGCCGACUACGUUAUGUACGCGUCCGGUCGAGCGGCAGGGCGUACACCCCUUGCAGCGAAGGGCCCGGAUCCCAUUGCCGAGCAGGAAGCAAGUACCCUGUUGAACGGCUUCGCCGGCGAGGUUCGGGCAGUUGAGACCGCUGCCCAAAGACUCUUCGAGAGCACAGUUGACUGGCCCAAUGGUGAGUUCGUCUCCUUCGUCAACGCAGUCUGCGAUCUGCUUGAUCGCAAGCCUGAGAGAGAUGGAACGGGCAGCAGAGCGCAUUCGCCUCCGCCUACACCUGUCAUGCGGACGCCUACUACCCCAACUGUUCCCCAUGCUGGAGGAGGAGGGGGGCAUAAACGCGUCAUGUCAAUUAGCUCGGCAACGACAACGUCGAAUGCGGCUGCAACAGCAGCUUCGACUCAGGAGAAUCAGUUCGCGCUUGCUAAGCUUGGUGAUCUUGCGAGUAUCAACCUUGAGAGGCUGCUGACCUAUGACCCGAGCGAGUCGGGUUUUGCUCCCCUUGUCGAUGAACUUAUUUCAGUCCUUGCCCAUCCGGCACAUGCUCUUCAAGUUAGAGCUCGUGCAGCAGAGACUCUUGUGAGGGUCCUCCUGGAACAAGCUCAGGCUGUGACUAGUCAAGGAGAAGACGUUAGGGGAGUGAUUCAAGGCCGAGUUGUCGGGGCUUUGGGAGAUGCCGUUGCCGCGCUGUUAAAUCCGAACCGGGAGACCUCUGGAAUGAGUGGUGUUAGUGUAGAUGUUGAGAUGCAGCGCAUUUUGCUCGAGGGAGUUAGGAGUUUAGUUGAAGGUACUGUCACAUUCUUCUGGGCCAUCUCGGACUUUUUGUCGAAGCGCAGCCAGAGCAUGUCGAUUACGGCUGGGAUGAUGGGAGGAGAGGGAGACGAGAGUUUGGAGAAAUUGGCAGCAGACCCCACGGAGGAGGGAAGCGUUGCCGCACUGUGGAUGCUCCUCCUGCUGAGACUCACUAGCGUCGCGACCGAUCAAAGGCUGGAAUUACGGAAUAGCGCCGUUCAAACUCUGAUGCGCAUCAUGUCCGCCUACGGCGAGUCACUCUCUCCCGAGGCCUGGUCGAUCUGCAUGCGUUCCGUCAUCUACAGCCUUCUUUCCUCUGUCGAGCAGGAGCUGCGCUCUCUUGACGGUGAGGACAAGAAGGGCCUCGACGAGUGGAAAGAGACUGCGAUCGUCGUGAUCCAGGGUGUAGCUGAUCUCUUUAGCGCAUACCUCGGCAUGUUGACAGCUCACGACAGCUUCAGUAGUAUCUGGGCCGACUUAAUCGGGCAUUUCACAGCCCUUCUCGAUCUUCAUGUCCUUGACAUCAACGCUGCCGUCUUCAGCGCCCUGCGCGACGUCCUCAACCGAUGUGUCGACCACCCGGUCUCCCAACUAUGCCUCGACCUCGCCUGGAAACUAUGGUCUCGGUCCAUUCCUGCUCCCGACAUUCAAGACGACAAGUCCGCCGAUAAUCAGAAGUCCCUCCUCGUAUGGGUUGAGACCCUCUUAUCUCUCUACACUCUCACCCCCACCUCCUUCCCCGUUGCCCGUGUCCAGCGCAUGCUCUCCCUGCUUUUAGAGUCCGUCAUCCGCGCUACGCCAGCCCCCUACUCCUCCGACAUUGAGUAUGUGACGCCACUGCAGGGCAAAGUCAUUGAAGUCUUCCGGGUGGUUCGUACCGAUGGUGCAGAGGUCCCUGGUGCCGUUAUCCGGCAGGUUGCAGAGUUCGUGUCACUCGCGUUUUCGAGCCUGGACAAGCCAGUCGAUAAAAAGAGGACGUAUGUCGCGCUAGCGAAGGAGAGUAUGGGCAUUUUGGCGGGAUUGAUGGUGCAGCAUGCUCGGGAAGAAGCGGUCUUCUCCGGGGGCGCAUUCGCUGCUGGCCUUAGAUCUCUGGUCACGCCGGUCAAACUCAAGUACCAAUUCCCGGUUGUGCCGAAGUCUACUGCGCCCUGGAAGGUCGCGACUGAAUCGUCUCUAUCCGUCCUUGAAGCGGCGCUACCGUUCCUCUGCUCAGCGGAAGGGAAUGAAGGCUUGCCAAGGCAGAGAGUACAAGAAAUAUGGGAAAUUGUGGUCGCGCUGGCGAAUGGCAUCGUUGAUGCUGAUGUCAGUGCCGCUGCUCCGGGGACCGACAUUGCAGCUGAUCAAGAGUUCGAUAUUGCGGCCUUUAAGAGACUUCGCAAGCUGAUCAUUCCCUCUCUUGGGGGGGAAAUCGUCCUGGAAGAGACCAGGAGAGCCUACUGCGAAGGCUUAUUUUGGCGCAGCAUCAUUCAUGCCCUAACGCCUGCUGAGGAUGAGAUGCUCUCCUCGAAGAGGCAAGGAGAGACAGGUGUCGGACUCGAUGUCCUCGCAGCCUUGUGUGAACCCCGUCAUGGACGGACCAUCGACCCUGCACCAACACACAGACCAAAGGUCGCGGAGGUUUGUUUGGGAGAGUUGUUCUCUCUCGUCUCUGGCUGCCCUGAAACCCCUCAUUUCAGCACAGGCGACUCUAGCAAUGAGACUGGCUCACACUCGACCGAAGAUGAGGAAUCAUCUCCUCUCCGGGCUCGACUGGCCAAGGCUGCAGCCCCGUACCUUCUUAUCCGCUGCGCUCUAACCCUAAGAGCGUACGUCUCCGAUCAACCCCUUCGUGGCGCACGCAUGCCACAACCCCUUUCCCAGCGCAGGGAGUUAGCUUGGAUCUUGCGCAAGCUGGCCGAUCUCAGGUCUGAAGCAGGAGCUAUCCCCGAUCUGAAGAAUGUUGAUUGUGAGGGGGGCAAGCACUUGCUUAGACUUUAUCCACUACUGGUCGGAGUCAUUUCUGUGGCUGGAGCGGCGGGGGACAUGGGACGAGGAGCAUGGGGAUCCGGUAACGUAGCUAAUGGAUAUGGGGAGAGCAUCGGAGAGUUGGCUGGGAGGUGUUUAGGGAAGGUUGGCGGAGAGUUUGGGAUUUGA